AUGAAUCGAGCGCGCGAAGCAUGGAGUGCCGUUUACUCCGAAGCUCUUCAGCGCUACCCAGACCUGGUCAGAAAAACGAGGAGUGUCGCGAACCUGCGGAAUACGACCAAAGGUAUUGUGUACACUUACCUGAGCGUAGCGUUCGUCUUCGUGUCUAGCUUGCUGUCCAGUUGGCGGAUGCGGUCUUGGGCACUGCCCGACCAGGUGGUCAUGGAGAUGCCUCUGAACUUCGUGUUCCGCACCUGCGACCGCGUCGGCGUGUGCUCGUUCCCUGUGGCAAACGUAUCGACGAUUCGCUCGGACGGUUCGUCGUUCUUUGAUCGAACCGUUCGUUACGAUGCAGUCCUGGCGUUGACACUGCUUGACUACGACGGCCGGCCGCAGCGGGUCAUCCGAAAGUCCACUUCGUUUCCAUACCGGUCGUGGGCGGUGCAAUACCUGCAAACGGUACUGCGCUUGCCCCUGACAGUGCUUGGUCUCGUACAGGAGGUGCAGAGCCAGGACAUCUAUCUUUUUCAAAACUACCCGAUCGUCGACGAUGAACCGCCGUACCUGUCGGUCAGGAUCCAGAACAUGAACCUGAACAUCGUACGCUCGCGACUCAUCCUCCAUGCCAACCUCGGUUUACUCGACUGGCUGCUCUUUUACUGGCCGCUCAGUUCGUUCGUGGCCCUCUUCGCGCUGAACUUCGUCUUUUUCUCAUUCCUCACCUCGUUGUUUUGGCUCCAGAAGUUAAUCGGCUUCGCCAUUCGUCAGCUGUCCUCGCAGGACGAAGCCAUGACAGCGAAUCUGUCGCAUUCAGCCCCCGAACGGUCUUUUUCUCCGAUUCUGUCCUCCUUUACCGACGAGGCUUCAUGA